AUGAAUGCUGAGCGUGAUUGCCACACACACUUCCAGCGCGAGGGCUUGGCUAUUCCGGUCCCGAUACAGCAUGAGGCAGUCACCACAACUGAUCAAAGCGUUGUGGAUGUGCACUACAUCCGCGUUGAGGAUUGGAUGCGUGUUCUACUGCGAAAGUGCCCCUCCAUGCUUGCAGGCGGGAAAGAUGAUAUACAAAAGCAGCUCAAAGAUUUCUGGGCGAUGUUUCGUUGGACUCACGGGGACCAUGAAGUGUACAAGAAGGACCCAGCAGACCUUGAGCGCACACUACCUGUUAUGCUUUACGCCGAUGAAGGAAAGGGGCCAAAGCGUGGCAACUACAUGAUCACAUGUCUUGAAAGCGCUAUUGGUGCCGAGCCCUACGAAGGCAUUGAUUGCUCGUGCAGUGCGUUUGUGCAGGAGCACAUAGAACACGCGCCUGUCUGCUAUGGCCCACUCGCAGAAGUCUCCGACGCGACGGGGGACCUUGCCAUAAAUAUAAGCAGUCACAGUUUCCUGACCAGACAUUUUCUUUUUGGGCUUCCGGACUUUGUUUACAAGCCGCAUCCAGAAGUGUACAACCACUUGCUACAGCUAUUGGCCGAAGAGCUCAGAAACGUCUUCUCUUCUGGUUUUUUGGUGGAUGGCGUUCGUUGGUAUUGUGCCCUGAUCGCUGCCAAAGGAGACUUGAAACACAUGAACGAGCGCUGGGGUAAACUGACGCGAUCAUACUCACACUUGGGCCGAAAAAACCAUCUAGAGAUGUGUUCUAUGUGUUGGGCUGGUAGGUUGGGAGUGCCCUGGGACAGCCUCGAACACGACCCCGUUUGGGCUCCCACAAUGUUUCUUGACCGCCCCUGGCUACCAACUGAAACACCGGCCCUCACCCACUGCCCGUUCGACCAGUCGAAACCAGAGUUCCUCUACAAGCUUGACUUGUUCCACCUUGUGAAGGUGGGCAUAGCCCAAGAUGUUGCAGGCGCUGUCGUUCUGCUGGCUCGUUUAGGCCUGUAUGAUGAUGAGGGACAAGCACGUGAAUUGAAAAGUCGCCUGAAUCGGGCCCAUGGCCAUUUCGUACUCUGGACCAUUGCCAACAACAAAAGUCCGGCGCUACGCUCUUUCACCCCUGCACUCUUCAGUGUGAAGAAAUUGAGCACUGACAUCCCAUGGAGUAACACAAAGGGCAGUGACAGCGUCCUGCUUGUUGAAUACUUGCAAUGGUACGCUGGCGUGCUGCUGACUGAGCCGCAAGAACGAUUCCAGGGAUCUCGCCGGCUAUUCAAGCUGCUGAGGACAACAACCACACACUGCUUGGAGAUGUUGCAUAUUUGCUACUCGCAUGGCCUAUUUCUGGAUAGAGUUUGUGCGCAAAGCUUUUAUCUUCGGACCAUGGCUUUCCUGUCAGGAUUCAAAGCUCUAGCAAGGGAAGCUCUGAAUUUGGGUAUGCUUGCGUUCGGGCUCAAGCCCAAAUUCCAUGCACUGCACCAUUUGGCAUUCGAGGUCCGCCAAGUCCUUAAGUCACCCGCCCCGUGGGUUUUGAACCCAGCCUGUUAUUCCUGUGAUCAAGGAGAAGAUGUGGUGGGAAAACUUUGCGAGUUGGCGCAGGUUGUGUCAACGCUCACCAUCGACAAGCGUGUCAUACAAAGACAUUUCCUCAAGAAGGCCGCAGUUGUACGACGAUAUGCAAACUACAGAAGGUCACUAGGAAUGGUGGACGCAGCCCCACUCGCUCCAGAAUCAGGCAAGGCUCGUUUCAUCAGACGCUCAAUCGUCAAGAUGAAGCGCAAGCGCUGA